GCGAAAACCAUCCUUUUACGCCAUAUUCCGCAACACCGCUGACCAAAAACACCCCACAAAAGCCGAAUCCCCACCUCGGACACCCAGGAAGGAGAGGCAAAGGAGGAAAAAAGGCGAAGAGCCAGCCCCGAGGUCCCGCAGGAGAGAUUUCCGCAGGCCACAGUGGACGUUCCGGACCGCCCGUGCCACAGCGCUUCUCCCUCGACGCCCCGAAUUCGCCUCAAAUUUCCGUGAAUAAUGGCUGAUAGCGACUGGGACACCGUGACUGUGCUCAGGAAGAAGCCCCAGAAGGCCUCUCAGCUUAAAAGUGAGCAGGCUGUGAACAAGGCCAGACGAAUUGGAGCUCAAGUGGAAACCAGCACGAAAUAUGGAGCUGCCAGCAACAAGCAACAUGCCACCACCUUCAACACAGCCAAGCUCGAUCGUGAGACUGAGGAACUGAAGCACAACAAAGUGGCUCCAGAUGUAGGCCGUCUUAUCCAGCAAGGACGCCAGAACAAGGGCUGGACGCAGAAGGACCUGGCCACUCGUGUGAAUGAAAAGCCACAGGUGAUCCAGGAAUAUGAGCAAGGCAAGGCAGUGCCCAACCAAAACAUCAUAACCAAGAUUGAGAAGGCUAUUGGGAUGCGCCUGCGAGGCAAGGACAAAGGACAGCCCCUACCAGCUCCAGGGAGCAAGAAGAAAUAAGCAGAAGCCAAGUCCCUCCGCCUUUUGCUCUUUCACCCACAAAGUGUGUACCAUGCUACAGGCAGUACCCAGAAAGUUCACCUUCAGUUUACUACUCGGCAAUUAGGGCUAUUCGGAAUAUUGUGUUUAGUGUUUCAUAUGUCAAGUGCUUUUGUUCUCUCACCUAGCUUGGAGGGCAUUUUUCUUUUUCUCUUGAGGAAAACAAUUUUUCUUGCAGAGUUUGGAUAAUAGAUAUAUCACUAAAUGAAAAAAAAGAAAAAAAAAUGUUAUGUAUUGAUAGAUAUGGAUGAACAGGAAAUGUUAUUUAGUCAAAGCUUAAUUGUGUACCUCCACUAUCCACAAAAUGUGUAAGGGUAUGGUAAGCUGACCAUAGCAUGUAUUUAGUUAAAUGUUUUCAUGAAAUUUUUUGGACAGAUUGAUUUUUUGUUCUUUUGAACUCUUUUCAUUCAUUCAUGCAGUUAUAUGCAUUUGUAAGUUUAUUGUAACCAGACAGCAUUCGUUUCUCUGCUGAAGUAAGACUGGUAAUGACUAUUGAAGAGGAAUUCACUUGAUUUGUUAUUUAGCUGUUCUGUUUUCUCACUGCGUACUUCAGAGUAUGUUCAAUCUUUUAUAGAAUUUCUAUGGUGUAUGCUAAAUAAAUACUAUAAAGGAGUUUCCAUAGAUAAUCAUUUCCUCUUUCCAGAUGUUUUGAUGUUUCCUGUUUCCCAUAUGUGACCCUUUCUCUGUCCUAAAGUGAUUGUAUUUUUACAAAAGUUUAGUAUCAGUAUAAUUGCAAUAUAUAUAUAUAUAUAUGCAACAACAAAGGGGAAUACACUGAGAACUUGGGAAUAAUAUGGUAAUAUAUAUGAAAUCACAGGAAUAAUAUGGUAAUAAAAGAAAUCACUAUAUCAGUAGAUGUAUUUUUUUCUAUAUAGACAUUCAUGCAGCUAUGUUCCUGAUUAACAAUAUGAAAUCUUGAUUUUUGUAAGAAGUUCUAUUGACAGUGAAUGGAAAGGUGUAUUAAAGUAAAUAAGGCUAGUUAAAGAUAUUCCAAUGCCAUAGAGAUUGAGUAGAUAUACAAGGAACUGCCAAGCAUUCAAAUUGGAGUGUAAGGUGUUUAAAGGUUGUUUUGACUAAGGAUGUUAUCAACUUUUUGUUCCACUUCAUAUUGGUUAAAAAAAGCAAAUCGUGCUUGCUUGAUACCAUAUAGUUUCAGUGUACUAACAUACAAUAAAGUUUCACCCUGAAGGAAAAGAGA